GUUCUUUUGUUCUCACUUCGCGACCAUUAUGGAGGGCGCUCCGCCAGCAGCAUGCCUUUGUUUACGCCUAGCGGCUGUUCUUGGCAUGGCAUACAUAUAAAGCUUAACCCCAUAACCUCCCAUACUCUCCAUCCGGGUUUUGAUAAUCCAGUCAUCAAUUUACUAACUUUCUAUCCUUGCAGCCAGGUUCGUUAUACUUUUGUUGGACUUCCGUUUCGUUUUCAGCUAAUCUGCUUCAUGGCCUCUCCCUCUAGUCUGUUAGGUGAGCCAGCGUUUUAGUUUUACUUCAUGAGACCAUACUUAAUAUCAUUCCAGACGUUUGCCAAUAUUCGAUCUCCCCGUCUAAAUCAAAACUCAGUAUUACUAGAAGACUAGUCGUAUCUCAAGUACCUUUUCAGCGCGCUUCACUCCCGCAUCCAUCAUCGCAGGACGAUUUCUGUUAUUAUCAUCUAUUCAACCUUUCCAAUCGCUUUCUCGUUUACAAUCAUGACUACUACAUCCAGUCUUCCCAUCACUCUCGCUCAGGCCAUCGCCUACCUCACUCGUCCUCUUGUCCUUACGUACCCUGUCGCCACAAUCAUCAGGCUUCAGCUUGCGCUCGAGGCAAACUUAACUGCACUAUUUGCCCCUUCUUGGGUUCCCAAGGAACCCCUUCGUGGUUCCGGCCGGCGUUGCCUCACCUUCUCCCCUAAUUGCCUCCCCCCACGUGCCGUAUAUGCCGCGUGUCUUGCAUCCAGUGUUCAGUGGUUCGACUGGAUUGCGGUCUUGGGCGGACAAGAGUUCGACUUCUUUGUCGAUCCAGGAUGCGUCUCCGUGCGCUUCGGGAAGGGCACUGAGCUCAUUACCGUCUGGUCAGAGGAGCUGAUGGCUCAGACCGUUUUCGUGCCACACCAUACGCAUUCAAGCCAGCUGCCAUCCAAAUCUAAGACAUUUGCCCAGCAGCUCUUGGAGAAUGACCACACGGAUGACGAUGAACUUUUCGCCUUGAUCGCUGACGAAGUCAGCGCACCCACUUGGAUGACCCCCAUCACUGACCGUUUCCCUGUUCCUCCACGUUCUGAAUCACCACUGUCUGCUAUAUCUUCCGAUUCGUGCUCCAGCUAUCGUUCGUCCGACUCGGAUUCCUGUUUCUCUUCGAUGACCGGCUCUACUUUGUCCUCUAGAAACGACAGUCAGUCAUCCCAACUUUCCCGUCGCGAGCGGGCCCGGCAGGCUCGUGUCUUUAUUGACACUUCCAAGACUGAAGUCACCCCUUACGACGGAGGCAAGACUACUGUUCUCACCGGUGGUGUGAUGCUAGGUGCACCUCCCAAGAGCAAGAGCGGCACGUCUGUUCCUGCUUGGCGCCGUGUAUGAACGGCUAUCAGCCUCCCUCCCUUAUCCACUCGUCGCCG